AGCGAAGGUAAAGAGGUAUGAACAGAGGGUGAAAAAAUAUAGACAGAAUAGAAUGUUUCAGAGUGACCAAAAAAGGUUUUAUGUGGAAAUAAACAAUGGUCAGGACAGUAAAGUUGAUAAAGUGAUACCAGACGCGGGUGAAAGUAUAAAGUUCUGGAGCGAAAUAUGGGACAAUGGAAUUGAACAUAAUAAGGAUUCUGAAUGGCUACAUGAAAUGAAACAGGGAAUCGGAUAUUUGAACCAAAACGAUUUGAAGAUAAAUAAGGAAGACAUUACAAAGCAGUGUAAGAAGAUCCCCAAUUGGAAAGCGCCAGGACUAGAUGGAAUACAGGGUUAUUGGAUAAAGAAAAUUACUUCUUGUCAUCAAAGGAUUGCAGAACAGUUAGAUGAGAUUUUAAAUGGUAAGGCUGAACUACCUCAAUGGAUCACAUAUGGUAGGACAGUGUUGUGCUUAAAAGACCCAUCAAGGGGUAAUGCAGUUGAUAACUUUCGACCCAUAUCUUGCUUACCAUUGAUGUGGAAAUUGAUGACAGGUGUGUGUCGUGUAUUUAGAUUAUACUUUUUAACAAAAUAUGAAUAA